AUUAUUACUGCAUCGGACUCAUGUUUGGAUGAGCAUCAAGCUGCUGGGUCGGACAUUUGCUGUCCUAUCUUGCGCUCGCGCCCAUCUUAUUAAAACCGGACGCUCGGCAGCGUUUCACUCUUCCCUUCAUACCACCACCAUGGCAUCUGCAAAGAUCAUCGACGGCACGGCCAUUGCCAAGUCCAUCCGCAGCGCGGUCGCGCAAAAGAUCAAGUCUUAUCAGGCCCAGUACCCUCGAUUUCAACCCCAGCUUGUCAUCGUCCAAGCCGGUGAUCGUCCUGACUCUUCUGUCUAUGUCCGCAUGAAAGCAAAGGCCGCCGAGGAGGUCGGUAUCAAAUUCAGACAUAUUAACAUCCCAGAGUCUGCCACUGUCGACGAAGUCGUCUCGCUCGUUAAAAAGCUCAACGAUGACAGAGAGAUAAGCGGCAUACUCGUCCAACUCCCACUCGGUCCUCAUGUCGAUGCUGACGGUGUCCGCACUGUCACGGAGGCUAUCUCCCCUGAGAAAGACGUCGACGGUUUCCACGCGUACAACAUUGGUCAUUUGGCAUCCCGCGCAGCCACCCCCCUGUUCGUCCCCUGCACUCCGGCGGCCGUCAUUCGUCUUAUCGAGCACGCCGGCGUCUCUAUCGCUGGAGCCGAUACCGUCGUUCUAGGUCGCAGCGACAUUGUCGGAAACCCGGUGACUGCACUCUUGAGAAACCGGGACGCCACCGUCACGCAGUGCCAUAGUCGCACCAAGAACCUCGAGGAAAUCGUAAAAGGUGCUGAUAUUCUCGUCGUCGCCAUCGGUCGGCCGGAAUUUGUCCGGGGUUCGUGGAUCAAACCUGGCGCAGUCGUGAUCGACGUCGGUAUCAACUCCAUCCCAGACGCGUCUAAAAAAUCCGGACAACGUCUCGUUGGGGACGUGAAUUACUCCGAGGGGCCCAUGACCGUUGCUUUCCUCAUGGAGAACGUCAUGACCUCCGCGGUUCGCUUAUUCGAGAAGGCUCAGCACCGUACCGUCAAGCCUCUCAAGCUCAACAUUCUCGAGAAGGUUCCGAGUGACAUCGAAAUCGCUAGAGCCCAGACACCUAAGCCGAUCACUGAGCUCGCGCAAGAGAUCGGCUUGCUUCCUGACGAAAUUGAGAGCUAUGGCAAGUACAAGGCAAAGAUAGAACUCAGCGUCUUGAACCGCAUGGCUCACCGCAAGGAUGGCAAGUAUAUCGUUAUUUCAGGCAUUACCCCUACACCUCUCGGCGAGGGCAAGUCUACCACUACCAUCGGCCUUGCACAAGCCUUGGGUGCGCGCCUUGGACGCUCGGCGUUCGCUUGUGUACGCCAACCAAGUCAAGGACCUACUUUCGGUAUCAAGGGCGGUGCCGCUGGCGGUGGAUAUAGCCAGGUCAUCCCUAUGGAUGAGUUCAACUUGCACUUGACUGGGGACAUUCACGCCGUCACCGCAGCCAAUAACUUGCUUGCUGCUGCCCUCGAUGCUCGCAUGUUCCACGAAGCCACGCAAUCCGACAAAGCCCUGUACAGCCGUCUCGUUCCCUCGAACAAGGGCAAACGCGCGUUCGCACCGUUGAUGCUGAAGCGGCUGCAGAAACUCGGCAUUGACAAAACUAAGCCCAACGAUCUUACGCCCGAAGAGAUCAACCGCUUUGCCCGUCUAGAUGUUGACCCGGAGACCAUCACCUGGAACCGUGUUCUUGACACCAACGACCGUUUCCUUCGUAGGGUCACGCUCGGUCGCAACCCCACUGAACAAGGUCACGAGCGGGAAGCCGGGUUCGACAUCGCCGUCGCAAGCGAAUGUAUGGCAGUGUUGGCCUUGACAACCGACCUCGCAGACAUGAGGGAGAGACUAGGCAAGAUGGUUGUGGCGACCAGCAAACGGGGAGAGCCAAUCACGGCAGACGAUCUUGGUGUCGGAGGGGCACUGGCUGUCCUGAUGAAGGACACGGUGAAGCCCAACCUGAUGCAGACACUCGAGGGCACGCCGGUGUUUGUCCACGCCGGCCCCUUCGCCAACAUCGCACACGGAAAUUCCUCUAUUUUGGCCGACAGGGUAGCUCUCAAGUUGGCGGGCACGGAACCUGGCGAGUCUUCGGACCACGUUGGCUAUGUUCUCACAGAGGGUGGAUUUGGUGCCGAUAUGGGGAUGGAAAAGUUCUGCGAUAUCAAGUGCCGUGUAAGCGGCCUCAAGCCAGACGCCGUCGUCAUCGUCGCUACCACACGUGCCCUCAAAAUGCACGGUGGUGGCCCUGAGGUCACACCUGGCAAACCACUUGCGGAUACAUAUACCAAGGAAAAUCUUGUCAUUCUCAAGGAGGGAUGCAAGAAUCUGCAAAGACAUAUCCAGAAUUCACGCAAGUUUGGGCUCAAGGUCAUCGUUGGAAUCAAUAAAUUCGCAUCUGAUACCCCUGCCGAGUUGGAGCUUGUGCGCCAGGAGGCACUCGCUACUGGUGCUGAUGCUGCCGUCGUCAGCAACCACUGGGCCGAAGGUGGUGCUGGCGCCCGCGCGCUUGCAGAGGCUAUCGUCGUCGCCUGCGAAGGAGAGUCUGACUUCAAGUUCCUCUACGAUCUCGACCUUUCUAUCGAAGAGAAGAUUAAUACCAUAUGCAAAGAGAUAUACCAUGCCGCAGGUAUAGAACUGAGUGAGCUAGCUCGCAAGCAGGUUGAUACAUACACUCGCCAAGGCUACGGGAACUUACCCAUUUGCAUGGCGAAGACACAAUACUCGUUCUCGCAUGAUCCUUCACUGAAGAAUGUACCAUCUGGCUUCACAGUCCCCAUUCGGGCUGUUAGGUUGUCUGCGGGUGCUGGGUUCUUGUACCCCAUUCUCGGCGACAUGCAGACGAUGCCCGGGCUCGGAACCAGACCAGGUCAAUCAUCAUUUAUCACCGAUUCUCGUACUGCUAACUCAUGAGGUUCUGGGAAGUGGGUUUGGAUCCGGAGACGGGACAUGUCGUCGGACUUUUCUGAUGGGCUCACUGAUACAGUCGAUGGUCGCCAGACUCCACAUUAGGGUAACAAGUGAUGUACAUACUAUCAUCAACACGGCGUUACAAAUUACAGUAAGGUCCUGAACAUGGAACUGAUUUCUGGUAUACAUAAUUCAUGCGCUGGUACGUGUUGGAGUCCUUCGGGUAUAUGUAAUGGGACUGCAAACCACC